CAAGAACAACUUAUAAACGGCCGUUUUCCGGCCGGACCGGACCGUUUUCAAAAUUUCUUACCGGUUCCAGCUCUGUAUAGAACUAUCGACAUCUAUUGUUAAAGUCUUACAUACAGUAUAAAACAUAAAAAUCAAUAUUUAAUUAUAUGAUAUUUAAUUUUUUUUUAUGAACUUAUCUUAUAAUAAAAAAUGUUUUAUUUAAAUAUAAAUAUUGAACUCAGAGGUUAAUGCUAUAGAGUUUUUAUAAAAAAUGGAGAGAUGCAGUUGUUCGAUUGUCUAGCCAAAAACAUAAUGAGACAACCAAUGUGAAACUGAAACAGUUUGUUUUUCUAUUAGUUUAAACAUUUUAAAGAUUUUUCAUAAAUAUGGUAAGCAUACUGAAGAAAAAAUAUACAUACAUCUGUUUCUUAUAGGCGUUAACUCGUCAAUUAUAUAAACAUCAAGGUGGUAGCAAUACUGGUACAAGUAAUUGGAUUGCUAAUCAAAAUGCUAGACGUGAACAAGAAGCUGAUCGAAUCUUUCGUGAACGACAAUUAGCACAAGGUCGUAUUGAAACAGAAAUGCAAGAAUUUGAAAUGAAAGCAACAAAUAAACGAAAUACACGUGAGCAAGCACGUGUGGAACGUGAUCGAGCAAUGGAAGAAGCUAUUAUUCGAGCACAAUCUGAAAAAAAAUCAGCAGCUGAAGCACGCAGUCAAGAAGAACGUCUAGCUACAGAACUUGAAAGAAUCAAACUUGACAAAAUACGCGAUGAAAAAAUGCGACAACAAAUUCGUGAAACAAGUUAUGAGUUACGUGAAUUAGAAUCGAAAUUACGUGCUGGUUAUGUUCAAAAAGAGCGCACAGCACAGAUGGCUGAAAAAGAAGCUUUAAAAUUUGAUUCAUGUUUAGAAGAUGCUGAAAUAGCACGACGUAUGCGUACUGAAACUGAUAAAGCUGAACAAGAUCGUCGUCAACGUGAAAUUAUUCGACAACAAGAAAUGAUACGUUAUAAACAAGAACUUGAACGACAACUUGAAGAACAAGAAUUAAAUAAACAAAAAGCUUACGAAGAAUUUCUACGAGAAAAAUUAGUGAUUGAUGAAAUUGUUAGAAAGAUCUAUGAAGAAGAUCAAAAGUAUGUGGUUUUAGAAAUUGAUUUGGUUUUUUUUUCAAAGUUGUAUUAA